AUGACUAAUGUUUUUAUUUCUUAGAUACUAUGUUGGAGAAUCAACUGAUGUCCUCUUUGAAAAAUGGUUUCACUGUGAAAAUCUUGGCACUCAACUUGCGCCAAUAAUUCGAGAGUUUUUCAAUUCAAGACAAUAUCAAACUGGAAAACCGAAUCCAGAUGAACUGCUGAAAGAAACACCUUUCCCACUAAAUCUCACUUCUGUCAUGGAGCCCUUUUCCUUUCAAAGCUGGUUAAAUGGUCAUCGUGGAGAAAUAACGGAGAAGCAAUCCUUACGUGUGUUUGAAGACACCUUUGAAACAGAGGUUAUAGCUUAUGGACCAGGAAUAACCGAAAACAGCAAAAAGAAUUCGGAUAUCUGGAUAUGGCAGCUGGAGGGCACAUCGGCUGUUACCAAGGAUGGCAAAACCCUGGCUCUGGCUGCUGGGGACAGCCUGCUCGUCCGUGCCCAGGCUACGUACUCCUGGAAGAGAGCAGAAGGAUGUGUGGCUCUUUCCAUUGCUCAGGACCCGAGACGCAAGCAACCUUAUACCUAG